CCCUUUAUAAAAAAGGAAACACGAAGGGCGAACCCUUGAGUUCAGUCCUUCCAUAGUUCCAUCUACUAGUCUCGCUCUCGCCUCCUACAACUCUUUUCCUCAGCUAAACAUUUCAUCUCCCCUACGCCCUUCUCCUUCAAAUCUAACUCUUCUUAUCGACAAUGCAGUCCAUCUCCGAAGAACCUCUUCUCGCCCCAAAUCCAGAUAGAUUCUGUAUGUUCCCAAUUCAAUACCCUGAAAUCUGGGAAAUGUACAAGAAGGCCGAGGCCUCUUUCUGGACCGCCGAAGAAGUUGACCUCUCCCAAGAUCUACGUGACUGGGAAAAUCUAACUCACGGCGAGAAACACUUCAUUACUCUUGUUCUCGCCUUCUUCGCUGCUUCUGAUGGUAUUGUUAUCGAAAACCUGGCCUCUCGUUUCAUGAAAGAAGUUCAAAAUUCCGAGGCUCGUGCCUUCUACGGUUUCCAAAUAGCAAUCGAGAACAUCCAUUCGGAGAUGUACAGCCUCUUGUUAGAAUCCUACAUCAAGGAUGCAGCCGAGAAAAACCGUCUGUUUCACGCAAUUGAGACUAUCCCUUGCGUGGAAAAGAAAGCUCAGUGGACACUUCGUUGGAUUACCAGUUCGGAAUCUUUCGCCGAACGUCUAGUCGCCUUCGCCUGCGUCGAGGGGAUAUUCUUCUCUGGCAGCUUUUGCGCGAUAUUCUGGUUGAAGAAACGCGGGUUGAUGCCGGGGUUAACAUUUUCAAACGAGUUGAUAUCAAGAGACGAGGGGUUGCACUGCGAUUUCGCUUGCCUGCUAUACGAGUUUUUGAAGCAGAAGCUGAGUGAAGAGCGAGUGAAAGGAAUCGUUGCGGAAGCGGUGGAAAUCGAGAGGGAGUUCGUAUGCGACGCAUUACCAUGUGCGUUAGUGGGAAUGAACGCUGAUCUGAUGAGUCAGUACAUCGAGUUCGUGGCCGAUAGGUUGCUUGGAGCCUUGGGAUACGGAAAGAUAUACAAUGUUCAGAACCCUUUUGAUUGGAUGGAGUUGAUUUCUUUACAAGGGAAGACCAAUUUCUUUGAGAAACGGGUUGGCGACUAUCAGAAAGCUUCGGUCAUGUCGAGUUUGAAUGGCGAAGGUGGGAGCCAUGCGUUCAAACUGGAUGAAGAUUUCUGAUGGGUGGAGGGGGACUUCGACUUCACUCACGAAAACCACCAAGUUCUACUACUGAAAUACAUCGGCGGAAAAUGGGGGACUUCGACCCACGGCAUGGAGUUCGUGGCUAUUUAAAUUUUAAUUUAAUUAGGCCAUGCCCUUCAAAAUUUCUUUGCCUUGCUUUGUUUUACCGGUUUAGCUUUAUAAAGAUAAUUUUAGAUUAGAUGUGUUGUUGACAUAGACAUAGUUGUGAUUAUUGGGUUCCACUAUGUUUCAGUCCUCACAAAAAGGUGCUCCGUGCUUGUACCAUUCUCACAUCCAAUUAAAACCGUGCAUUAGAAAUA